UGUGCUUAUUAUUAUGGUUGAAUUGGAUCAUUGAAGGCCAGCAGCAAAAACAUUGGUCAAUUCUGAAUUUGCAUUUCACCGUUUUUAUUUAUUUUGAUAAAUGCUGAAUCUGUUUUUGUGCAAGUGAGAUAAUUAAAUAUGUUCACUUUUAAUCUAAAAAUACAAUAUUUCUCUGAACAUGGGGAUAAUGGGAAAACAAAGUGACUAUUUGAAAAAGUAACUACUUUUUUUUUAAAUUUAAAAGUAAUGCAUUACUAGUUACUUGAAAAAAGUAAUCUGAUUACUUAACCCUCAACAUUGGAUAAGACAAUGCGUACACUGGACACAUAUAGUCUCAUUAAUCCUGGAGUAUUGUUGUGCUCACCCUUAGUCUAGAUAACAAAGUGCAUUUCAGCACCAGCUGCUCUGAAGCCUGAGAUGUGAAGCAUUUGACAAUGAUAAUGGUGUGGACAGAGGUCUAUUUUAGUGUGCAUCAGAAUCUAUAAAUCUGCUGAGUUUCCUCCCUUUGGCCAAAACAAAAUCAUACUUCCAUCAUCUGAGAGGUAAGGACCUUCAGGUUAUGACAACUUCUUAGAUAGAUAUAGUAGUUACCUUUAUGUCAUUGACAUUACAUCAGAAUGUUCCUUGUUUUUAGGAAGUCUAUUUUAAUAUUGUUUUAGAUUUUUGGACCUUCUUUUCAUUUGUUAAACCUCCAGGAAAAAAAAACAAAGGCACUAACAUGUCUGAAGCAAUUCCGAAAAAGCCCAAGAUUUCAGCAUCUCGGCGGUUAUUUUUAAAGACCAAAAUACUGAAGAAGGCCAGCACACUGCUGGCAGAGGAGAAGGAACAGAAAAAGAUUGAGCGAGAGCAAGCGCUCAGUGAGAGAGCUCCUCCUAUCAAACUGUCUGGGAUGUCCAUACAGGACCUACAGAAUCUGUGCAAAGACCUUCAUCAAAAGAUUGAUGUUGUUGAUGAGGAACGAUAUGACAUUGAAUCUAAAGUUGGCAAACAUGAUAAGGAGAUUGCAGAAUUAAACCACAAAAUCUUUGAGCUGAAGGGUAAAAUGAAGAGACCUGCCCUGAAGAGAGUGAGGGUGUCUGCGGAUGCCAUGCUGGGGGCUCUGCUCGGUGCCAGACACAAGGAAUCCAUCGACUUUAAAGCUAACCUCAAGACUGUGAGGAAGGAGGAGGAAAAGAAAGAGGAAGUGACCGACUGGCGUAAAAAUGUGGAUGCCAUGUCAGGCAUGGAGGGCAGGAAGAAGCUGUUUGCGGGACCAACUUCUUAACAAUUUAUUUAUCAUUAAUUAUUUCACAUAUUAAAUCCAACGUGAACUAAAGGUUAUUGAAACACCAAAAUUUGUCUGCUAUUUAAUUGUGGUUUUGUGUUUGUUUUAUUGCACAAACAGCUGGAUGAAUAAAAAAACAGCUGUGCUAUUUUAUAACCACAGUUAUCAAUUCAAAUAGCCUAUUAAAACAUUAUGUGCUUUAUGACACAUAUAAAAAAUUUAUUUAUGUUAAUAUAUGAUUAUUAUAUAAUUGCAUUUGUCAUUAUAUAAUAAUGUUUAUAUUGGUACGAGAUGUAUAUGUGAUCAGAUGUGUGAAUAUCGAGAAACAAUAAAGCUUUCACUGUUUUCACAGUUA